AUGUGGGUUUUGGAAGUUAUGUCAGUUGCGUUGCAAAGUAGAACAGAUGUGUUUGGAAAUAAUUUUAACGACUUUCCAACCAAUACAACAGCCAAGGCAGGUGAUGUUGUGCGAUUCACGUGCCAAAUUGAUUCUGUUCCCAAAGCUGUAAUAACUUGGGAAAGGAAUAGAGAACCACUACCUCAAAAUAGCAGGACUCUUGCUCUAGACUCAGGAGAUCUCUACUUGCUCGAUACUCACUUGACUGAUGAGGGUACUUACAGGUGCACAGCCACAAAUGUUAUAAAUAAAAAGCAGCGUGUCAGCCCUGAAAUCUCAUUGAAAGUUAUAGCCCGUUCUCAAGAAGACAGUCCACAGGUGCUGCAGUUCCUAAAUCCCCAUUUCCCAACAGUGCAACUCCACCAGGGAAAGACCCUCGUGCUUCCAUGUGCUGUUGUGGGUUCACUAUCCCCAGAAAUAACUUGGACUUUCAAACCUUUAAAUUCAACUGAAUCUAUUGUGUUAAAUCACACAACAUCUGCUCUCUCUUUAUUAACCAUUCAAAAUGUGACUCUGGAGAAUACCGGCAACUACACAUGCAGUGUGUCUGCACCAGACAGAGAUCCUAUUUUACAGGUGGUUGAAGUGGAUGUGUGGGUUCCUCCAUACUUCAAAGCAAAUGGUACACCCAUCUCAGAAUCUCAUCCUGCUGCAAAGACAGUGCGUUUCAAAUGCGAUGCUCAAGGCAUUCCUAAACCAGAAAUAACGUGGUUUAAGGAUGGAGAACGCCUGGAAAUAAAUGGGCGUUUUAAACAACGAGCAUCCGAACUGGUUCUCUUAAAUGCUGUGACAACUGACUCUGGUUUGUAUCAGUGUGUUGUACAUAGCAAGGCUGGAGAAAUUUGGGCAGCAGGACGAUUGCAAGUUAAUGCGUCCCGUUUAAUGCCUGAUCCACCUCACAGUCUAAGUUGCAUCACACUAUCCUCAUCGCAAAUACAGUUGACUUGGGAGCCUCCACAGCGGUUGACAGGCGACAAGAUUGUGGCCUACAGUAUACAUAUUGCUCCAACUGGUGGAGAUGAGCGCCAAGAAGUCAAAGUAAAUCGGACGUUUACUGUAGAUAAACUUGCUGCCUACACUAAUUAUACUUUUUAUGUCCGUGCCUACAAUGGAAAAUCAGCCAGUGACCCCUCUACCCGAAUAGUGUGCCAAACUGGGGAAGGAGUACCUCAAGCUGCACCUACUUUUGAAGUUGAAAUUACAAGCUCAUCUUCUGCACGAGUAUCCUGGAUAGCUCUUCCCAGUGAGAAAGCUCGAGGUCCUAUUUCUGAAUAUAAAAUACAGUGGCGGCGACUUGGUCAUCCUUCUUCUAAUUUGGAAGAAGUAGGAGGAGAUGUAAUGGAAUACACCAUUACAGGUCUUCAACCUGGACAGACGUAUGAAGUUCGUGUUUUGGCAGCUACAAAGAAAGGAUGGCCAGAUCUGACGGAUGAUCAACUUUUAUGGAAGACCAUAAACAUGCCUACUUUUGGUCCUCAGAAUGUUCCUGAAGCACCUAUUGUUAAUCUAACUGCCAUUAACUCCACUUGUAUUGAGGUGACAUGGUGUUUGCCUGCUGAUAAUGAAUAUCCUGCAACAGAGUACAAACUCUUUUACCGAAAACAGACAAGUCAACAAAUUGGACCAGUUUUAUUGCCAGCAAAUGUUACACGAUAUGUUCUUGAAGGCUUGGAUGUGAUUCAUUAG